CCAGGUUUCUGCACUUGCUUUGUGCUCUUCUCCUUUCCUUCUCCUAUUCCUCUCUCUCUCUCUUUCUCUUCCUCUGUCUCUCUCUCUCUCUCUUGCUGGCUCUUUAUGUGACUGACUCGGGGUGAGGGUGUCUGAUUUGCCGCCCGUGGUUGUCCUGUCACGCAGAGCCAGUGGUCUUCGGCCGGGUGGCAUCUCCGGCUGUCGCGUCACCCUGACUGCUUAGUGGUGGAUGGAGGGAUUUGAGGGAAAAUUCACAAAGGGAAAAGAGAAGCACAGGAGACGAAGAACCAUUAGUUGAUUAUUCCAGACUGACUGACUCCUUGGAAGUACACAGGUCCUGUCCCGGCAGAGCGAGAGAGCCCCAUGGUGCGGAGCGAGACGUCUCCCAGCAGGGCCCGGAGGGGCCCCACGCAGCGGCCCAAUGCCUGCUGUUUCUGCUGGUGCUGCUGCUGUAGCUGCUCAUGUCUUACUGUUAGGAAUGAAGACGACAAUCAGACCAGAAGGAAGUCCCUGGAGACCAAGCUGGAGACCAUACCAAACUGUGAACCUUGCGCCAAACCAACGGUAGAUGAGAUGCGGCUGUGGGCGCACUCCUUCGACAAGAUGAUGAAGAACCCGGCUGGUCGAAACGUCUUCAGGGAAUUCUUAAGGACUGAGUACAGUGAGGAGAACAUGCUGUUCUGGAUGGCCUGCGAGGACCUCAAGAAGGAGAUACACAAAACCGACAUUGAAGACAAGGCACGGAUGAUCUAUGAGAAUUACAUCUCAAUACUCUCACCCAAAGAGGUGAGUCUCGACUCCAGGGUGAGGGAGGUCAUCAACAAGAAGAUGCAGGAGCCCACUCCCUUCACGUUUGAGGACGCUCAGCUUCAGAUCUACACUCUCAUGCACAGAGACUCCUACCCCAGGUUCCUCAGCUCCCCUAUAUACAAAUCCCUGCUGCAGGAGGCAUCUCGCCCACCUUCUGAGUCAUAGGUCCACCACUCUCACCUCCCCUUCUCUCACUGUCUCGAUUCCCUUUUGCACAACCACUAAAAGAAAUUCCUCCAGUAGGGGAUUCUCCUUAUUAUUAGUAGUAUUACUAUCGUUAUUAUUGAACCUUUGCCACCCCCCCACACUUUAGAAAAUGCCCUGUUAUUGGUGGGAUUUACCAAACCUAAACAGACUUUAACUGGAAGACACAGGGUCAUUAACAGAAGACAUUUUUGUUUUCUCAUUCCACUGCAGUUACAGCUACUACAUCUACUACUGAUUUAUACAUUUUUUGUACAUUUUAUUUUAUUAUUAUUUUAUUAGUAGUAUUUUUUGAAUAUAUAUUGGUAUUUACGUGUUGGUCCCCCCGAUGCUCUGCAAUAAGGCACUGGAGUAUAUGUUGGAGUGUUUCAGAGCAUGACCACUGGACUGGGAUUCUGUUGUGAUCUGUUUAAUCUGACCUUUCCACUGUCAAUCUGCUGGGAUGAAUUGGGCAGAUUUAGCUGUAGUGGGGGCUGGGAGAUGUGUGGUCAAGAACUUCAAGGUGCACAAAAAAGAGGCCAGGAAUGGUUUGUAGGUUUGCAAACCCAGUGAUUGUACUCAAGCAGCCUAAGGAAAAGUCUGAAUAAUGAAAGAAGAAAAGAAUAUCACUGUUUCCUCUAGAAUGUCAAGUAAGUAUGUUUCUGAGAAGUAUUGUUGAUGUUAUUUAUUUUCUUUACUGCACAAAUUCAUUUCCUUUGUUUCUUUUAAUUGGUACUGAUGACAGUGUUACUAAGCUGUGUGUCAGACGCACACAUACUUUACCGGGAGCCGUUUUGUUAAAUAUAGACACAGUUCCUCAGAGUUCACCGGUAGAGAUUACGUGACCCCUGCAACUUGCGUUUCAGCUGCUGGUCACUGUCAUACAUGAUUUUACAUACUUAUUUACCCACCACACUGGGUGCCCCCCCCCCCCCCCAUGUGACUCUCUGUGUGUUUAAGGUCGACCCCUUUAGCACAAACACAAGGGGAUACACCCUUCGCACUCUUAAUAGGGAUCACAGCCAUGCCUAUGGGUACUGGUCAACAGGCUCAUUUUUAAACAUACAACCAUACAAUAAUACUGCAGUAUUGCUCGUAAUAAUAGCAAUUCUUCAUACAGCACUUUCUGUUAAAAUUCGGGCCUGCUGGCUGUUCAGGCUAGUCUGCCGGAGAGCACUCGUAUGUUGAGGCCCUCCCCUCAGAAUUAUCCAUUGGUCUAGUCAGCCCUGUCCAUCACAAUGUCAGUAUUGUGCCUGGGUAUGGCGUCCCCAGCAGGAAGAAACUCAUCAAUAGCAAAUUCAAUAAUCAAUCGUCGAUUACCUCCAGACAGAAAUUGUCAGGGCAUGCUUAUCAGUCUACUGUGGAGCUGAAACUGCAAAACAAGCAUUGCUGGAUCGCCAAAUAGUUUCAGCACACUUUAGGAUUCUGCUGUAAUCUUAGUUUUUUAUUUGUGUGUUUUUUACACUGAGCAUAAUGUGUUUCUGCAUUGACCGUCAUUCUGCUACUGUCGAAGCGUGACAUUUCAUGUUCCCUCUGAGCCACCAUCCUGACUUUUAAUCCACGUGUUACAUGUUUCCAGUAAAUAGUAGCCAUUUUAUUCUUUUAGGGGUUGGUUAGAAAAAAUCAGAAUUAAUUUUUGUGCAUUAGCAAACUACGGUUUCAUGCAGUCGCUGCUUAUUGACAAAAAAAAUGUAUAAUAUUGGCACAAACAAAACAAAGAAAAAAGCAAAAAUCCUUUAUUGACUAAAUCUGCCGUUCUUUCCACUUCUGGUUUGUCCAAAUGGACAUGAUGAUGAAAGUGGUAGUUCCCAGUGACACAGAAGCUAUCUGUCGUAGUUUAGUGCUGACACUGUGAGCCUCUGGGUCUCAGCCCUUAUGAAAAAUUAGCUAUGUUCAUUAGAUAUAUUAGAUAUGUAAAAAAAUAUGGUUCUUACAUUACAAAUAUAUCUAUUAUUGCCAUUUUUAUACAUGGUAUCAUAUAUGUAAGAACAUAUAUGUUGUAAAAUGUAUAAAAAUGUAUGAUUUUUAACAAUGUAUGCUGCAUUUUUUGCAUUUUUGAAAGUGGCAAUAAUGUGUAUAUUUAAAAUAUAUUGUAUUACAAUGAUUUUGACAUCCUGGAAAAAAAAACAUUCUUAUAUAAAUGUUUAUGAAGAUAAAUAAAUCUGUAUUAUAUUCCUUAUUGAAUUUCUUUACCUAUGUCAGUUUUCUAUAAGGGACCAGCCAUGGUAGCCAUGAGAAUAGAGUCCCUUAUAUUCUUCAGUGUAUGAGGCACCCAGCAUUCUUGUUGAGGGACGCUGGGCCACAUGAUGUGAGUGACGUGGGAAAGCUGUUUUAGAUACGCAGCUAGUUGAUGCGUCGUGUUCACAUCACCUCUCCAAAGUAGCGCCCCCUUCUGGACACUGGACCUGUGUAUGCACAGACACACAGACGGCAUGUGGCAUCCAAGUGAGGCACUUUGUAUCCAGGACAGAGCAUAGGCAACAAAACAAAGGGUCACGGCACCGUUCGAAUGGGCAUUAAAACGAGCUUAAGAAAGUAUGAUACUGUGACCUUUCGCAACGAUUCGUACUUCCCAUUCUUACUGUUCAAUUUACAAUUGACAUAACACAUAAAAUGCACUUGUCACUGAACAUCCAACUGUAUAUCGAACAUAAAAAUGACUAAAUGAAUUAAGUCAAAGUAACUCUUUCAUUAACUUCACAUUUUGAAUUAUUGCUGCUACCGUAGCUUUUUCAUUUCCAGAUUAACACACUAGAAAGGCAAUAAGGCUUCCUAUGUUUUUGGGUUGGUUUAAUUAAAAACUGAUCUGUAAUCCUCUCCAAAUUAAGGUGUAAAGGGUUGUGUCUGAAAUCAAAUGAGCCACCAUUGGGAGCAGCGGUAGAUCCAUUAGCAUAGCGACUCAUUUUCACUGCCUGGUUUCAUAUGAUGUGCAUCUAUGCUGUUCAUUUGCUCCACACUCAGUGCCAUGGAUAGUCGCAGAUCAGACUGCAGCAAAGGAAAGUCUGCUUACUGUUUACAGUUCAGGAUUUUAAAUUGCAAUCUUCCUUUCUAGCAACAGUAAAACAUGUAUAGUUAGUAUAUUGCAUAAAGCUAUAGGCAUAUAGAAUUUAUUUACAUAUAUAUAUUCUUAAACCCAUAGUUAUCCUGGGCACGGUCCCAGGUACAUAUUUUUUCAUAUAUUUUAUAUAAACAGAUCUAUAGUUCAUAUGAUGUUACAUUUAACACAAUCAUAAUAAGAUGUUUAUUUAAAUGCAUUUUACAAGAAAGGAGUAUUGCAGUUUUUAAUGCUGUUAUUUUAUAGAGUGAAAAGUGCUUGGAUGUAUAAUUGUUUUUCUGCCGAGAAGAUUUAAUAAUUGUGCAUGAUGUUAUUUUUAGAUAUAUGUAUGUCUAUAUGAAAAUAUAUAUAAAUAUAUAUAAACAUAUAUUUAGUAAAGCCUUGGUUAUCCAGUGCAAUGAAAUGGUCUGGCCUGGUUAAGCGGAUGUGCAAUGUUUCAGUCUGCCGACUUCUGUGGCAAGAGUCCAGGUGGGGGUUGGGGUCCCGGCACAGGCGGGAGCAGACCUGCAUCCACCUGACAGCUUGCCAGGACAGCAGCUAGCUCCCGGACUGCAACCAUCUGUACAGCUGUGUGCUGCUCCACAGCACCCCCUGCUGCACACCCGCAGGCACACCUGCGCUGCACAGGAGGUCAGACACAAGAAGCCCGUCAUACAUGGGAGGAACGAGGGAGAGCCGUGGAUAGAGCUCUCUGGAGCCUGCGUCAUAAAUCACUGUGCUGGUGGUUUCUCCACUAUACUUAGUAUCUUAUCCUCCGUUUUUAUUCAUUUUUCACUAAGAAAAAAACCUGUGUGCCUGCUAAUGUCAGAGUGGCAAGGGAAGGUUUCAGCACAUUGUGAUUUGACCAUGAGGGAGUAGUAGGAGCUUCGGCGAGGCAACGGGGAUCUUCGGUCAUUUCUGUAUUGCCGUAUUGUCGUGUCAGAUGAAAACCUGGGUCCCGGCUCUGCACACUCUGCGGCCAUGCGAAUAAGUGAACGUGCACUUCACACCGACGGCCAUUGUCACACUUCUCACGUGGCUGUAUUUACCCUAACCCUACCCCCAUGUGAGUUCCCCUCCGUCCAAACGCCAGGCAGGCAGAGAGGAAAACUCACAAUGUGGAGGCCUGCUCAUGUUUACACAUACCUGUGCCCUGAGCUGGAAGUGUCAGACAGCAUUCUGUGCCAGGUGAAGGGAGUGUGUGUGCGUGUAUGUGCGUGUAUGAGGAACUGUACUCCCAUGCACACAUCUGUAAUAUGCGAUACAUACUUUCAUACUUUUUUUGUCUUUCUCUGUUCUUGGUAAUAUUGAUGAUAUUAAAAAUGAGAGUACAGGUAAAUGUACCACCAGAGGCUCCUUUACAAAGGUUCACUGUACAACUGUUUUCCACUCAGUUUCUUUUAGACAAAGUGCAGUACAAGUGAGCGGCAGAGUUUCUGUAAACUGAUCCAUCCCAUUAUUUGCAUUUCCUUUGGGCUUCUCCACUACCUGUUACAGCCACGACAGCACAGUGCUAUGAAAAGCCUUGGCUAUGGGUCAUUACAGUGUCAUUUAUUCAUGUUCAGCCAACAUCAUUGGUGCUAUUUGCCCUGUCUCACAAACAUGGGCCUCGAGUAGAGUCUCCACAAUGUCAACUCCUGCUGGUCCUACCUGAUCCUGUCCUUCAAAUGUUCAUAUAUAUAUAUAUACAUACUGAUAAUAAUAAAGGAGUUUGUGUUAUCAUUCAA